AUGGCACAGUCUCGUGACGGGACGUUCAAUCCGUCCUCCCCUCAUUCUUCGAGCGGCGCGGCGGAUUCGUACAAACACGAUGGUACCCCCGAUACUCGUUUGACUGCCUUCUCGCCCGAUGACGGCUCGGCCAGAUCGAACAAACUGUACGCCGGCAUCACCGGCAUGAGCCUCAACGGUCCCACCAACCACUCAUUGUUUCAUCAGAAGUCGACGGAGCACUUCGGUAAUGUUGCUCCUGUGGCCGAAAAGGACCCGUUCAUUUCCAGCAACGCGACCCCCUCCAAGUCGACAUUGGACCAGAAGCUCUCUCCGACCGCUUCCGCCUUCAGGCCCUUGUCUGUCCCAGUGGUCGCUCAUGGUUCCCUCAAUGGACAACAGGGUCCCUCCAAUGGCCCUCAGCAGAACUUUCGAUCGCUGGCCAGCGCCACCGGCCCUCUCUCUGGCCGUUUCAGCACUGAGCUAGGGAUCACUCAUUAUGUCACUAUCUUCUCUUCCACGGCUUCCGUAACCUUGUCAGAGGUCGAAACGUAUCUUGAGUUUGGUUCACCUUGCCAGGGUAAGCGCGUCAUCUUCGCGAAGGAUGGGAGAGUCUAUUUGUUUCUCUCCAACAUUCGCGAUGCCACCAACAUUCACGAGAAUGUUCAGCUCGGUUCCCAGGACUGGCGUGCCCAGUAUAUUGCCGCGGGGGAGUUUCACCAGGUACGUGAUGGCGUCAAGCUUCUGCCACUGAGCGCGAAUUUUGACGUUUUCCACACCAACACUGUGGUCCGCACUCUCAUGGAAUCUCAUGGUGAGGUCCUUGCCUUUCGCCAGCUAUCCGGGACGAAAGACAUUCCUUUCCACGCCACGGUUGAAUUUUGUGACUGCGAUGCCGCCAUUACUGCCGCAGAGGCCCUCAAUGGUCGCACUUUCAAUGGCGUUUACCUGAACUUGAUUUCUGCCCUGCCCGACGCCACCUGCGGAGCCUACCAGCCUUUUGAUGUGCAUGCUCCCCGCGCUCCGAGAAGCCCGGUUCAGGACAUGACCAACCUGUUUCAGAGCAUGGGUAUCUCGAAGCCUUCUCAUCAUCAACAAAUUGUGCCCUCUGGGCAUCUUGCCCAUUCGCCGGCCAGUGGGAUGCAAUUGCCCCAUCAGCAGAUGGCCAUGUAUCCCACUGUAGUCUAUCACGGUAUUCAGCACAGCUUGCCGACUCGCUACGUUCUCGACCACACUCCCACACGCAGCCAGGGCAUUUCUCCCAUGAGUCCCAUGACCCCGAUGACUGGCGGCAUGCCGGUCAUGGCGCCGUUGUAUACUCCGCCUAGCACUCCGUUAGCGUUUCACCAUGGCGACUACGCCAGUCCCAGGGGCAUGCAGCCCUAUCGUAUGGAUGGGCGUCGUCAGAACGCCAUGCGGGUCAAUCGGUCCCCUUACUACAAUGCCGCCGGCCAUCACAACCAUGUUGAUGUCAACAAGAUUCGGGAUGGCAUCGAUGUCCGCACCACAAUUAUGCUGCGAAACAUUCCGAACAAGGUCGACCAAGCGAUGUUGAAGAAGAUUGUGGAUGAGUCCAGCUGGGGCAAGUACGACUUCAUGUACUUGCGAAUCGACUUCGCCAACGACUGCAAUGUCGGCUAUGCGUUCAUCAACUUUGUUGACGUAAGUUUUUCUUUUCCAUGCCGAGGCAAACCUGACACUGACCGAAUUUGUAGCCGCUCGACAUCAUCGAUGUAUUUCGUCAAUGCCCGUGGCAACCAACGUUGGAACUGCUUCAAGAGCGACAAGGUUGCCGAGAUCUCAUAUGCCACUAUCCAGGGCAAGGACUGCCUUGUCCAGAAGUUCCGCAACAGCUCUGUUAUGCUGGAGGCCCCUCACUAUCGCCCCAAGCAGCUUUACUUCACGCUCAAUGGUCCCAGACCUGAGUUGGCUGGUGAGGAGGAGGCUUUCCCGGGCCCGGACAACCAAUCCAAGAUGAAGAGGAGCUGUGAAAACGCUGAGCAUGUUGGCCUCUUCACUCCCAAUGCCGGCCAGCAUUUUCGUGACGAGCAGCGCCGCCGCCGCUCUCAAUACGACCGUGGAACCAGACUUGCUGCGCUUGAGGAGUACGACUAUGACUCCCACAUCCAGCAGCCUAGCCUCUACAUGGGCUAA